CGAGAUGACAUGAAUCUCUCAUUUGGAUUCCUUCUGCCUUUUGCUCCUUUCACUUGGAUAUCUCCAAGAUAACAUACAUUUAUGCCCAUAUAUGUGUAUAUAUAGAUAGAAAAACAAAAGAGGUUUAUAAUAAUAUUUCUUCUUCAAGUGAAUUCAAUUGUCACACCGUACCGCUCUUUUAUUUUCUAAUAAAGAAUUUGAACAAGCUUCUUUCAUUCUCUUUGUUUCUUUGUCCAUUUUUUUAAUCAAAAACAAAGAUUCAUGAAGCGCAAGUAUCACAGUUGCCAGCCAUCUUUACCAUGUUUUCAUUGCCACCCCAUUACUUAUAUUAGACUGGUUCAACAUCUUAUAGAGAGGUGUCUGUUGCUGAAAAUGCACCGAGAUGAGUGUGUUUGGGCUCUUGCCAAACAUGCCUGCAUUCAUCCAGUCGUCACACUUACAGUGUGGAGGGGACUACAGAAAGAAAACAUAGAAUUCUUCCAAGCAUAUAAUUUCCAUGCUACUUCUUCAAGACUUUUUAUGAGAUAUAGUCAUAAAACACAAAGGUUUGGGAGAAGGAAUCAUCAUUUGAGAUAUUAAAGAAAAAUAAGACAUUCCUUCAUAACCAGCAUGCAAGCACACCCUGAGUGUCAUAUGUUUGAUAAAAUCUCCAACUUAACCGAUCGAUAGAACUAUCAUAAUCAGAAAAACCCGAGGGUCUACAUAUAAAGAACUUAUAGCAUACUCAAACCCAAUGAAUCAACUUGUCCAACAAUGUCAAUGACUCAAAAGAGUCUACCUAUUUAGUAACGUACCCUUGAGUCAUAGUUAUAGGGUUUGAAGAAUAUUAAUAUUUGGUUGAUGUUUUA